AUGUGCAGUAGCUAUAUUUGUUUAUAGGUCAUCGGUCGGUCAAAACAUUGUAAUCGUAAUUGUAUGCACCAUAGUUAAAGCUGCACCAUUUUUACUACUAUUGCAUUAACUUGAAAAAGAUAUAAUUUAAUAAUAUUUUUUAAAUUUCACUUGAGUGAAAGUGUUAAGAAUUUAAUUAAAACAAGAACAGUGAUAUGUUGCAAUUAAUAAACCUGCCUGACAUUGUUUUAGAGACAAUUUUGUCUAACCUUUCGUACGAUGAUAUUUCUCGAUAUAGAAUUGUUUGUAAACAAUUUGAUCGGAUAUGUAAAAAGUUAUUAAACCGAGGUUUCAAUUUGAUGGAAAAAUAUCAUGCACAAUGUUUGCGUGCAGUAAAAAGUCAAUUACCACGAAGAGAAUCAGAAAGAAGGAGUCAUCCUUUGGCACGUCAUUGUGAUAUAUUAACAGCUAUUGAAACAAGAAUAUCUAUGUUAUCCAUGACUUUUAUAAAAUAUGUGGAUCUUAAUUUGUGUUGUUUCAUUCCUGGAAAGGUAAUCGAUGAGAUUUUUCGAGUUCUUCGUUUAAUUCGGGAUUCUAAAACUCCACCUAGGGCUCAUGAAAUACUUCAAGAGUUAAGAGAUAUUAGUAGCAUGGCUAUGGAACAUUUUGAUGAAAAAAUUUUACCAGAUCUAAAACACAGUAUUUGUACUUCAGUUGUUAGUAAUGUAGGUUCUUAUGAAUUGCCAAGUGGAAGUUUAAUGAUUUCCCAUCAUACUACAAGUUCAAACAGUGUAACACUGCCACACAAUUUUAGUUCAGAAAAAUUGAAUCAGACUUUCAAGAAAAUUUAUAGUCGUACUAAAAAGAAUAAAUUAUCUGUUCUGUCUAUAAAAGGUCAAAUUGGUAAAAUGAAACUUCGAAUGAAAAGACAGGGCUUUCAAAUGAGAUUACAAAGCUUAAAGUUACAAGAGCAGGCAAAGAAAAUACAUGAUCAAGAUACACAAUUAGCUGAAAUGAGAAAACAUCUUGAAGAGUGGGAACAAAAAAUGGUUGAUUUAACGGCUGAACUAAGUCGUGCAAGAGAAGAAACACAAAAACCUGAUUCUAUAGAAACUUGCAAAAGAAAGCAUAUAGAUAUGAUUAAUCAACGGGAAACUGAUUCAUUGCAAACAAAAGAACUGCAAGCAAAGAAACGUAAAUUAAUUGUAGAAAGAAUAUCAUCUAAUGAUGCAAAAGAUGUCAAAUUUAAAAAAUUUAUGACUGAUCUUCUUGCAGGUAAUGCUAUAGAAGCAUAUCCAUCAACUUCACAUUAAUUUACUAUUUGUACAUAAUGAGGUUGUGUAUCAAAACAAAAUUAUUAUUCUAUGUGUAUUUUGCAUUUUGUAUGUUAUAACUGAAUAAACUUAAAUGUUUAAGCUUCUUGCAUAUUUAAAUCAAAUCUAACUGCUUUUACAAUAUAAUUUAGAAUUAUUUGAAAAUAUAGUAGCGAAAUAUUUAAUAAAAAGGUAGUAUGAAAAAAAUGAUAUGUUAUUUUAAAGCGAUACUAUGUUUAAUAAAUAAACAUACAACCAAAUCCUUUUAAUUCAGAUAGAUAAUAUUGUAUAAUUUAUAUAAUAGUCCUUGUUUAAUAGAAGCACACUGAACUGCGUCGCGUCUAUUACUAUACUAAGGAAAGUAGAUAUAUAUUGCUGGCUGUUAUCUGAUUUUGGCUUGUACGCUUCUUAAAUACUUACAUAUUUAUAUCAGAAACAAGAGUGACAAACAGAGUCUGAAAAUCUGAAUGAAAUGAAAGGAAAGGUUUGGUAGUUAUUUUAUGUUAAAUUCAUUCAUAUAUGGUCACGUUUUCAGCUAUCAUUUUCGCCAAAAACACUUGAGACAUUUGAUUAAGAUGAGUACGAAGUAAAAGAUAUAAAAAUGUCACUUUUCUUAUUUUGGUGUUUCAUUAUUUGUGGAAAUAGCCUGAUGACGGAUCAAAAAUGACGCCAAUGCUUACUCUAUGUAAAAAAUUACAGAAACUGGUGGAAUAACAUUGCGUCUAUGAGCAGAGAAUACUGUACAUACAAACACAUGAUAAAUGAAAUGUGUGAUGUUCUCUAUUUUGAUGCAAGCAUAUUAUUAAACAAAAAAAUAUGCGUAUAAAUAUAAUGAAUUGUAUAUUAAAUUAUUGUAAAAAUUUAAAAUACAAUUAAUAAACAUAUUAAAAUAUAUAAUUGUACACAGCA